GCACACAAAGCUCUAGCGUUUCCGGCCAGCUCAGCGCGUCAGCUCUGUGGUGUUGUCAGUUUUACAGCCUGUCAAACGCUGGGACCAGUCACCUGUAACAUUUACCGGGCGGCGGAGAAACACCCGUACACGGCGGAGAGAUGGUGCUGCUGACGAUGAUCGCUCGGCUGGCUGACGGUCUGCCGCUGGCCGCUUCAAUGCAAGAGGACGAGCAGUUGGGUCGGGAUCUUCAGCAAUAUCAGAGUCAAGCUAAGCAGCUCUUCAGGAAACUCAAUGAGCAGAGUCCCACACGCUGCACUUUAGAGGCUGGUUCCAUGGCAUUUCACUAUUUUAUAGAGAAAGGAGUGUGCUACCUUGUGCUGUGUGAAGCCAGCUUUCCCAAAAAGCUGGCCUUUGCUUACCUAGAAGACCUGCAGGCAGAGUUUCAUGAGCAACAUGGAAAGAAGGUCCCCACAGUAUCCCGGCCCUACUCCUUCAUUGAGUUUGACACCUACAUCCAAAAAACCAAGAAGUCGUACAUUGACAGCCGAGCGAGGAGGAAUCUGGGCAGCAUCAACACAGAGCUCCAGGACGUACAGAGGAUCAUGGUGGCUAACAUAGAGGAGGUGCUGCAGAGAGGAGAGGCUCUCUCUGCGCUCGACUCUAAGGCCAGCAACUUGUCCAGUCUGUCAAAGAAGUACAGGAGCGAUGCCAAGUAUCUGAAUACCCGCUCCACCUAUGCCAAGCUGGCAGCCGGCGGUGUCUUCUUCAUCAUGCUCAUUGUCUACGUACGCUUUUGGUGGCUCUGAGAGAGAGAGAAGACAAGAAGAAGGAGGAGGAGGAGGAGAGGAAGGGAGGUGUUGAAGUGGAAAAUGAGCUGCACAGUCUGCAGACACUAAGAAAAGCUGUCACCUUCGACUAAAAACAGGAUCCCUGCCCUUAAUAAGACUUUACAGACAUACCAUCGCCCAUUUUGUUGUCGCCUGUCCAUGGAUGUUUGGAUAUAAAUGAUGUCACAAUACAUAGUUUUAUUAUUAACAAUUAUAUCGAUUGCUUUGUUUUUGAAGGCGAUUUGUGUGCAAGUGUGGAGGAAAAAUGAAGAGAAAAAAAAAUUCCUUGUUUUGUGAGUUUCCAAAGCUGUACUGUAUUGUAACAGGAGUGACUGAUUAUACUGAUUAUACUAUUGUAUACUGUCUAAUAAUACAGGAAAAAAGUGCAAAACAAAAAACAAAUUUUUUUUUUUAUCCUGAGCACAUCAUAUAGGUAUCACCAUUCCUUAACAUGAUAACCAUGCUAGUGAUGGGCCUGGACAACAAACCGUGUGAACCACCGUUAAACAUAAUCAGAAAACAUGGCAUUGAUCCUUAGGCAGUUUAAUAGGCCCAGCAAUAACAUACUGUACACAAAGUAAGUUAAGUAGACUUUUUUUUAAAAAUGCUGUAUGGACACUUUGCCAAAUGCUAUUUCACCUGUGUCUGACUAAGCAGAUUUUUUUUUUCACCAUUAUGGGAUGUCAGUUACCCUGUAAGGGACUGUACAAAAAUUAUUAUGAGGGAAAGGGUGGUCAGAAAAGGGGAGAGGGUGAUGUUUUUGUUUUUUCCUGAGGUGAGAGGAGGGAUAGUAGGGCAGGGUCAUUUAAUUUUUACUCACCCCAAAUUUUUAUUUCAGCCUUCCCUUUGCAAGAUUUUUUUAAGGGUAAAAUAAUCACAAAUGAUGGGGUUGUAUUGUGCACAGUGGCUCGUCAAGAUGCCCCUUCUCAUACAUGGAGGACAAAAGGAAGGCCCAAAGAAAACACUGUUAAUGCUGGAGGCGGUCUGGCUUUUUAAGUUAAAAAAAACAAAACAAGAUUCAUCCCCCCUUCCACACUCUAGUAAUUCUCAUACAUUCUCAUCCCUAACCUGAUCUGAACAGUGUGUAUCCACGCUCCCUUAAUGCUCUCUUGCACCGUGACUGUGUGGACCAGCACCUUUCUGUAAGCAGGCAUACAAAAAACAAAAAAAGAUGUCUGGUCUGCUCCUUUUAUUUUGUAUAAAGUUUACAACAAGUCUAGACUCGAUUUAAAAGUGGAUUCAGGCUGAGAGUCGCAGCUGUUAAAGACAGCUGCUCCCUGGUCUCAGCUGGAAAGGACACCUUCUCUUUUUCUGUUCUGUCUGCUAUCUAUGAAUAAAAUCAUUUGUUAGAGGA